CGACAGAAGGCGUUUGGUUCGUGUAACUGGAAGCGGAGUGAGAGCUCCUCUUGUUCCUCAGCCAUCUUCAGCCGGGACCGACCAGCUUAUUGUUCCCAAAGUUUAUUUCUUUAAAAUUGUCUCUUUAUUGUCAUAAUUGACACAAAAACAAAAUUUCCUGCAGAAUAUAACUAGUGUCACGGUAUAGUGUGAACUCAAAUAUAAAGUUUGUGAGCUAAAUGUCAAUAUAAAAGCAGAAAGAGCGGGUUUAACGCUAGCUAAUAGCUAAGUACUAGCUUCUCGUUAGCUUGAUUCAGCUAGCUGCUGCUGUUUGGGGUCCGCGAGAUACAAAGAGGAUGAGUGCAGUCCAGCAGGCGAUGUUCUUCCUCGGCCUCCCCGACCUGAAGAAGCUGUGCUGCGUCUCUCUGGCUCUGCAGGAGGACAACGAGGAGCCGAGGAGCAAACAGAUCAAGACCUGCAGAGAGCUGGUGCUGCUGUACUCUGAUAUUCUGGCCUCUCCGGCUCUGGACUCCUUCACUGAUAUCACAGUGGUCAUGACCAACACGUUUUUCCAGAAAGGCAUCCUCCAGGCGUUUUCACAGAGACGCAGUCUGCAGCUGGGCUCCCCUCAGUGUGUGUUUCCAGGUGUCCUCCAGUGCUGCCUGUCCUACGCUCUGAUCACCAGACUGGCUCCCAGCUGGAACAAAGCAGGGCUGCACCUCAUCACUGGUCUGACAGACGAUUUGUUUGUGUCGUGGAAAGACUUCCUGACUGAGAGCGGGAGGCUGAACGCAGUCAGCAUGGAGCUGAGCACCAGGCAAGGGCCAACUGUGCAUCAGUAUUGAAGCGAACACCGUCAGACUGCCGCCAAUCAAACUGGAGGACUUUGACCUCCCUCCGUUAGUGCUGAAGAGGUUCUGCAGUGAUCCGGACUCCGUCCUCGACCCCACCUCCACUGGAGGAGCCAUCUGGUGUCACGUCCUGCCCAGCAUGAAGAAGGGUCAGAUUAUCACCAUCACCCGUCAGCUGCCCAGAGACGGACCAUUUAGGACCUACAGAGACCUGCAGAGCCACUGGAACCGUCUGUAUGGUUACAGACUCCCUGAGCUUGCAGAAGAAGAGGUGGUGUAUUGCAGCAUCUACUUCAGUCUCGUGGGAGAGAGGCUCUUCACCUACCCUCUGAGCUGCGUCCGCCUGCAGCCGGUGCAGCGCUGCCCUCGGGUCGACCUGCAGGGGGCGCUGGACUCCUUCCUGUCUGACAUCAGGGACAAGAUGCCAAGUGUGUGCGGCUUCCCUGCACGUCUGACCAGCAAACCCUGUUACCACACAGUCAGUCUGAGCACUGCUGCCACAGUGCAGGUGUUGAGUGGUGAGCGGGUCAACCUGACCACGUCCUCCUCCAUGAGGCCGGUGCUCACCCAGCUCCCUCCCCCCCGACCUGUGAAGCCCCGCUUCGGGUCCCAGCCUCCAGCCUGGGCGCCUCUCUCCCAGCAGGACGGAGCCCAGGGGCUUCUGGGUAACGGAUGUGGAUUUAGGGACAGAGGAGACGCAGACGGGCCGUCAUCCUCCCCACGUGUUUCUUCUUCCUUUCCGUCAGCUUCUUCCUCCUCUCGUCCUCUCUUCCAGCCAGCUUCAUCCCUCACCUCCUCUGUCCUCCCCCCUCUUCCUCCCCCGAGUCGAACCCUGGCGAUCUCCGCUCCCAAACUGAUUCCCAUCUUCAGGAAUAAGUGUCCAUCUCGCCACGUCAACGUCGCCCUGCUGCGGCUCCAGAAGCAGAUGGAGCAGCUGUGCGGAGGAGGGGAGGAAAGGCGGAGAGUGACGUUACCCGCCUUUAGUAAGAAAACCUCUUCUCAUUCUUCUUCUUCUUUGUCAGCUGCGUCGCUGCCAGUUCCUCGCUUCAACCGCCGCCCCAGCAGCCCCGCUCCUCAGCCAGCGGGUCACCCCAAACUCAAGCACAUCCCCAGCCUCAGCCCGGCCUCAAAGUCCAAACCCGGCCUCAUCCGCCCUCCAAAGCCGGAGAUCAAACCCACGUCCAGCCCCAAAACCAACGUGAAGUCCAGCUCUAAGAGCUCCAGCUGUAAAGUGCAGGAAAAGGCAGCAAAACCUCCGUCAGCGGCACCAGCUCCUCCACCUCGGACGUCUUCAGACAGCAGAGGGGGAGUCGUGUUCGAGUCGAAGCAGAAGAAACUCAGACGUGCGACACGAGACGUCGACGUGGAGCAAAUGGCCAGAAGCAACCAGUUGUCCAAGCUGAACUCUGCGACUCUGUUGUCCUGGUUGAGAGGAAGAGGAGCGCUCGUCAGCACCAAACACCGGAAGGAGGAGCUGAUGCUAAAGGUCAUGGGCUGUCUGGCCGAGGCCUGAGACACACACACACACACACACACACACACACACACACACAGACUUACCUUGGAGCAUUAACGCUGUGCUAAGCGCCUCAUUUAUGGAUUUGAUGUGAAAUCGUUAUCAGUCUGAGAGCGUCUCAUCUUCACUAAUUGAGAUGCUGAAGAUUUGCCAAAAUGAAAUCCUCGUGUCAGAUAAAGUCACCGCGGGGUCCACGCAGGAAGGGACAAAUUGAAACUACAAAGUUCUACUUUGGUGUCUUCGUUUGCAGAUUGUUGUCGAUGGUGAGCAGUUUACAGAUGAGUGUAUAACACAACACGUCUCCUCUCACCGUCUGUCUGCUGUUCUAUCCUCAGUCUUUUCUUUCUUUGUGUUGUUGCUCAAAAGAGCGUUUUGAAGUUGAAAACCUUCAAAUCUUCAUGUGUUCUGUUUCUACAACAGAUGUUUGUUUAUUGAUAAAGUAUUUAUGCAGCAGCUGCUUGUUGUUCAACAAUGUACAAUUAUAUUUAUAAAGUUUUGUGUAUAAAAAAUCA